CUCUUCGUACACGCGGUUAUCGUGACCGUGAACAAGGAGCGAGAAGUGAUUCUUGACGGUGCUCUAUUCGUGAAAGACUGCCGCAUCGCCGCAAUUGGGAAGACCGCCGAUAUCCUUCCCUGGAUCCAGGCAGCGGAGCAAAGCAUCGAAAUCGUCGACUGUGCGAACAAGAUCAUCAUCCCAGGGCUUGUCAACACCCACGCUCACCUAGCGCAAUCGCUUCUUCGAGGACUCGCCGAAGAUCUGCCCCUUCAUAGUUGGCUCUGCGAUGCGAUAUGGCCUCUGGAAGCGAACUACGCCGAAGAAGACGGAUACGUGGCGGCUAUGCUCACGAUCGCGGAGAUGUUGAAGACGGGGACGACCUGCUUCUUGGAGGCCAUGCUUACUCACCGGAGCGGACUUGAUAACGUCGUCAGAGCUGUUGAGGAAACAGGCAUCCGAGCUUGUCUCGGUAAACUGAUCAAGGCAGCCGAGACGAAUGCGGAUUUGAACCUGAAGGAUGCUAGGGACCGGGAUGUCGCGUCCAUGUCGCUCUCUUCCGCGCUCUCUGCUCACGCAAAGCACAACGGCUCCAUGAACGACCGACUCCAUCUUUGGUUUGCUGCCGGCACGCCUAGAGGCUCCCCCAUCUCCGCUCAUGCCGCAAUCGGAGAAGCCGCGAGGAAGUACGAUGUUGGUGUCACGAUGCACUGCGCAGAAGCCCCAAAAGACCUCUCCAUAUACCGCGAGUACUAUCAAAGCAGUCCGCUACAGUUCUGCAGGGAUACCAAAUUGACUGGCGCAAAGAGUGUUUUCGCGCAUGUCGUGCAUCCAGACCCCGGCGCCGGUGAUUUCGAUAUCUUGCGGGAAAGCAAGAGUACUGUAUCGCAUAACCCGACCAGUAAUCUCAAGCUUGGCUCCGGCGUAUCCCCUAUACCAGAUAUGCUUGCAGCGGGGGUAAACGUGGCUCUGGGGACGGACGGCGCGCCAUGCAACAACACAUACGACAUGUUCCGCGAGAUGCACAUGGCGUCUAUUCUACAUUGCGGCGUGCGGCAAGACGCUGGUGUGCUUAGCGCAUAUCAAGUCCUCGAAUUUGCGACCAUCAACGGGGCUCGUGCGCUCGGCCUAGAGGAAGAGAUCGGUAGUCUGGAGGUCGGUAAAAAGGCGGACGUGGUCGUCGUAGCUCCAAAAGGCGUGUAUUCUGCUCCUUGGGAUGUGGCUGAGGCGGCUAUAGGAGGAAUGGACCCAGUCACUGUGCUCAUACAUAGCUCAAGAGUGAGGAUCGACACUGUUCUAGUUGACGGUCGCGUUCUUGUGGACGAUAGGAUGUUGAUGCAUAUCGACGAAGAGGAUAUCAUCCGGAGAGCCAAAGAGUCUGUAGCAGGAAUUCGAAAGAGAAGUAGU